AGUACCAGGCGAUUGAAGGUGAAAAUGGAAGAAUACUUGCAAUGCAUGAAGACUCUGCGCUCUCAGAUGAACGAUGUGGAGGAUCAAGCGGCAACAAUAUCCGCUGAAGAGCAGAUGCUUCUCACUACCGUUCAGACGCUGGAAGGAGACCUCAGUUCAGUGAAAAGGCAGACACUUCAGAUCAAGGAGGAAACUGACAAAAUGGUGAAGGAAAAGGGAGAAAUCUGCUCCUUGAUCUUGCAGAAACAGAGAAAAUUUUCCACUUUGGAAGCUAAUUUGUCCUCCCUCUAUCAGACAUUGGAUCUUAUUCAACAAGAAAGAGGGAACUUGUCAGUAAAACUUUCAGAGAAGAGAAAAUACUAUUCCACUGCUUUUGAGAAUAUCACCAAUCAGUUGAAAGAGCAACAGCGUUGGAUGGAUGAUCACAAGUAUUCCUCAUUGAUUGGAGAGAAUUCUCAGGAAAGUGAUACAACUUACAAGAAACCUGAUGAACUUGAAGGUAAGGGAAUUCGGUAGUGCAUUCUCAAAUUGACUUUAAGGAACUGUUCCUUAGCAUCUGCUACACCAUACCAGAGUUGUGCAUAGGUAUGAUAAUGCGGAGUAUGUUGUAAUAAAUCACUACAUGUCAUGCACUGUGAUGGAACUUAAUCCACACGGUGCUAUCAGUCCCGUGACAUCAGUGAUCGACUGACCAGAGACCAACUAAAAAAGAUCUAAAGUGUUG